GGAAUAUGCAAUGCCUGGUCAAGAUUCUUCAAGUUGACAGCUGGUCCAGGUAGUUCCGCAGGAGAAUGAUAGGGAAUAUGCCGUGCCUGUUCAAGUAAAGCCAAAACCAGUUCCCGUGUCAGCCAUUCCACCCCCAAAACCACCUAGAACAAGCUUGUUAAAAGAAGAUUUUAAUGUCUUUGCAAGUAUGGAGGAGACAUCCAAAUCUGCAAGCACAAAAACAGAAACAAGACAGUCACCAAAACCAGUCCCAAGGACACGAGAACUAAAGAAUUCACCAAGUCCUCUACCAAGGAAGAACUCAAAAACUGCUGCAUCAUCAGAAUCAUGGACAACCCACAGUGGAGAAAACUCUCCAAGCCCUGUACCAAGGAAGAGCUCAAAGAUUGCCACGUCAACAGACUCAUCUUCAACCAACAGUGCUGAUAACUCACCAACUCCUGUGCCAAGAAAAAGCAUGAAAACUGCUUCAUCAAUAGAGUCUACCUCAACUAAAAGUAGUGAGUUUCCAGUUCCUGUUCCCCGCACUCGCCUAAAUGCUCUUCAGCCUGAAGCUUCUGUCUCAACUGAAUCUUCUUCAGAGCUAUCUACAUUGUCUUCUUCUGACAUUUCCACAGUGGAGACCACAGAGGAGGAACAAACCUUGAAACGCAAACCUCCACCACGCCCACCCCCUCCAAGUGGCUGGAUGAGCGUCAUAAAUGAUGAAGGAAAUGAAGCCCCACCCCUGACACCGGGGCCAUUUGCAAAUGAGGCAGAUUCAGAUACGGAUUCUGAUGUUGGAGAAGAGGCAUCACCAAGGGGUCCACGAAAGCCAAAGACAUAUCACAUUGCACACGAAAUUCUCUCGACUGAGCAGACAUUUGUGGAUGCUUUGAAACUUGUCUUUGAGGAAUGCUAUGGAACAAUUAAGCAAGCCAACGUUGUAGCUGAAAGCACUUUGGGUGACAUCUUUUCUGACUUAGAAAAUAUUUAUUUGCUGGAUUCUAGAUUCCUGCAAGAACUGGAGGAACGGAUGAUAACAUGGGAUGAACAUGAGAGAAUUGGUGACAUUGUCAAGAAAUACAGCCACUUCUUAAAGAUGUAUACUCAAUUUGUGAAUGGUUAUGACAAAGCUAUUGGUGUGUUUCAAGACACGAUGAAAGAAAAUUUAGAGUUUGCAAACUUAGUUUCCCAAUUCCAGGCAAGUGAACGCUGUCAUGGAAUGGCUUUGUCAUCUUACAUGCUGAAACCUGUACAGCGCAUACCUAGCUACAGACUUCUUCUAAUUGACUAUCUCAAGCACUUACCAAAGGAUUCCGAUGAAUCAAAGGACACAGAAGCUGCCCUGAAGAUUGUGUCAGAGGUUGCGAUGCACAUCAACGAGUCAAUGAAGAAAAUGGAGAGCUUUGAGCAGAUGCUUAAGGUUCAAAGGAGUCUUGUGGGACAUCCAGAGAUUGUCAAAGCUGGACGGGACUUUAUCAAAGAAGGAACUCUGAUGAAGUUGUGUCGCAAAGACAUGCAAGAGAGAAUGUUUUUCCUGCUGACAGAUGUGUUGUUGUACACUACCCCUGUGGGUGGCAAUCAGUACAAGCUCAAUAAAACGCUCCCACUCUUGGGAAUGCAGGUGACUGUUCCAGAUUCUCCAGAUUUUGUUAAUGAAUUUAGUAUCAUUAGCACGACAAGUUCAUUUACCCUCACGGCAAGCACUCCAGAAGAAAGAGAUCAAUGGGUCGAGACUUUGAAUAACGCCAUAGACGUCGUCACCAAAAGGAAAAUCACAUUUUUUAACAAAACAAGAGAUGCAGCAGGACUGGGAGCGCAGGAGAGAGACGAAGAAAUUAUGAAACUUGGCGAGAAAGCUCCUGUGUGGAUUCCGGAUCAUCGUGUCACAAUGUGCAUGAGCUGUACGUCUCCGUUUACCCUCACAAACAGGAGGCAUCACUGCAGAGCUUGUGGAAACGUCAUUUGUGGGGCAUGCUCUGAAAGCACCGCUCCGCUGGCCUACUUGGAGUACAACCAGGCUAGAGUUUGCGACAAGUGCUAUGACUUGCUUUUAAAAGAUUUCCACACUGUUGAAAUGAAAUCAGAAGAGGAGGAAACUGCUACGCUUCCUCCGUUACUUCAAGAGGCAGAGAACGCAGAGAAGCUGCUACGAAAACCGACCAAGUUUGAAAUGAUGCGACGAUUUAAGAGUAGAAAAACGAAGAGAAAAUCAACAAUAAUGCAUCCGUCGCACUUAACAGAGGUCGUCGCUAAUCAGGAAGGAAGUCAGAUGAGUGGUUAUUUAAAGUAUAAGAAGGGAAGAUAUGGAUGGAAGAAGUCGUGGUUUGUGUUGAAGGACAACGUUUUGUAUUCGUACAAAGCCAGCUCAGAUGUUGUGGCGCUGGAAACUUUACCAGUCUUGAGUUAUAAAAUUGAGGAUCUUGGCAAGGAAGGAAAUGAUUUUGUAUUUCAACUUAAGCACCAUGGUAUUUCACCGUUGGUUUUCAAGGCAGACAACGAAACAUCUGGGACAAGGUGGAUACGAGAACUAGAGAAAGCGACCACGAUGCAAUCAUGAAAUAAUUGUUGUCAAGCACCGAGGUAACGCCGUCUAGAUCGGUAGCUCCAAGUCACGCUCGCAAGUCGCGCAAUGAUGUUGGGCGUAAUGUCAACGUCCUUAUACGAAAUGUGGAGAUAUGUUUAGAACAUUUUAUUCAAUGGAAAUACGUUAUGCCAAGGAAAUUUGAAAAUGUCAAAUGCUCUAGAAUUAUUUUGCAACUAAGAAAAAAGAUAUUUUACCAUUGUAUAUUUAAUAUAAUUUUUAGUAUUAUAUACAGUGGAAUCCCGAUUUCUCGA